CUCUACUAAACGCCUCCUACUCGUACUCCAAAGAUCUCUCUGCACCUUCUUCUAGUUCUACACAGCAUCAAGAUUCAAAACCCUAGGCACCCACCGUCCACACGCCAGUCUCCAUUUCCACCUCUCUCGAGCUCCGAGUACAGAUUAGAGAGAGAGAGAGGGAGGGAGGGAGAUAGUUGAAGAGAGGAGAUAGAAAGUAGCAAGACCUCUCUCUCUCUCUCGCUGGUCGGAUUUGAUUCCAGGUUUUUGGUAAUAGGCGAUGGCGGCAGCAGAUGUGGCGGCAGCGGAUGUGGCGGCGCAACAACCUGUUUCUGCUCAAGUUGUGGGCAAUGCGUUUGUGCAGCAGUAUUAUCAUAUACUGCACCACUCUCCUGAGCUUGUUUACAGGUUUUAUCAGGAUACAAGCAAGCUUGGUCGACCUGAGGAAGAUGGAUCUAUGAGUAUCACUACCACAAUGCAAGAAAUCAAUGACAAGAUAGUAUCUCUCAAGUAUUCAGACUUCAGUGCAGAAAUUAAGUCUGUUGAUUCCCAGGAGUCCUUCAAUGGAGGUGUAUCUGUCCUUGUUACUGGAUAUCUGACUGGAAAGGACAACAUGAUCCGGAAUUUCUCGCAGUCUUUCUUCCUUGCACCACAAGACCGAGGGUACUUCGUUUUGAAUGACAUGCUUCGCUAUGUGGAAUUUGCCAAUCAGGAUAAUACAAUUCAUGCUCCAGUGGCUGAUACUGUCGUUCCUGUUACUGUAGAGCAAGAUCCUCCUUCAGUGCAAGAGAAUCUCAUUUUAGAGGAAAGCACACCAUCAGUAGAGGAAGUCAAUGGGGAAGAAGUGCUCAACCCACCUGAGAAUGGAGAUGUCCCAGUUGUUGAAGAGGAAGAGCCCGUGGCUGAGGUGGUUAAUGAACCUCAAGAGGUUUCACAAAUGGUAGUUGAGUCCAACACCAAAAUUGAAGAAGUGCCUAAGAAAUCUUAUGCUAAAAUUGAAGAAGCGCCUAAGAAAUCUUAUGCUAAAAUUGAAGAAGUGCCUAAGAAAUCUUAUGCUAAAAUUGUCAGUGAGCUCAAGGAAAGUGCUGCUACUUUCUCCCUUCCUGCGCCUGCUAUACGGAAACCUGUGGUGAAGAAUGCAGAAAAAGUGAAUCAACCGUCAGCAGUUGCAGCUGAUAUUCUUGACAGUUCAGCACCUGUUGAUAACGUGAAUAACCAGGAGGAAGAAGCCGAUGGGUAUUCCAUUUACAUAAAAGGCCUGCCUUUAAGUGCAACCGUGUCAUUACUAGCUGAAGAGUUCAAGAAAUUUGGACCUAUCAAGGAUGGAGGCAUUCAAGUCAGAAGUAACAGACAACAGGGAUUUUGCUUUGGCUUUGUGGAAUUUGAGGAGGCAAGUGCUGUGCAAAAAGCAAUUGAGGCUUCUCCUGUAGCAGUUGGUGGACGCCAAGUUGUUGUUGAGGAGAAGAGGUCUACAACUAAUCCACGAGGUAAUAACAAUAGAAGAUUCUUGUCGGGAAGGGGCUCUGGAUUCAGAAGUGAAGGAGUCAGGGGGCGAGGAAAUUAUGGAGGUGGCAGGGGAUACAACAGGGGAGAGUUUAACAGCAGGAAUGAAUUCAGCAACAGGGUUGGUAAUCGUGGAGGAUCAUCAAACCGUGGAGGUGAUGGGUAUCAAAGGGCUGACCAUGCUGGAAACAAUGGUGGUCGUGUGAAUCGUGUUGGUGGAAUGCCUCCUUACGGAACUGCUAAGGACAUGGCACCAAGGGUAUCUGCUACUGCUUGAAAACAUUUAACAUGGGGAUUGAGAGAUGAUUUAGUAGGUUUUCAUUUUUUGAAUCACAAAUUGAGGGAGUGGAUGAAUUCAUUGUCAGGUACUACGGAGUUUCAUGAGAGUUCUUUUUUUUUUUUUUUUUUUUUUUUUUUUUUUUUUUGUAGCUUUCCCCUUUCCAUUUUUCCUCCAUUAUGGGGGUAUUAUAGGGAUAGCAAUUGAGGUGAAGCAACUAUUGUUAAUGUUGCAGUUGAGAUGGGUAUAGGUAAUAUUACAAUUGUUGGAUUAUUUUCUUUUAUAGUGUUAAGUGUGUUUACUUUCUGAAAAUUUUAAAAAUUCCUUUGUUUUAAAUUUUGUUCUAA